AUGAGUAUCACAAUUCAUGUGAAAUCAGGCCAAAACAAGUGGGAGGUCUCGAUCGAUCCAUCGAGUUCAAUUGAUGAUCUAAAAAAGGCAGUAGCUGAGCUUUCAGAAAUACCUGCCGAAAACCAACGUUUGAUUUAUUCAGGCAAAAUCUUGAGAGAUGACCAAACCGUUGAAUCGUAUAAGAUACAGGAUGGCCAUGCGAUUCAUAUGGUCAAGUCUGGGGGCGCCAAGAAGAGCGCAAGUCCUGCUGCCCCCAAUAGUUCAGUGGGUUCCGGCAGCGCCACGGGCUCAGCACAACAGCAACAGCAGCAGCAGCAGCAAGCUUCCUCCGGCACGGCGGCGCCAUCAACUCUCUCCACGGGCCAAACUGGAGGUUUUAACCCGCUAGCAGAUCUUACAAGUGCCCGUUACGCCGGAUUUCUGAAUUUGCCAUCGGCCGAUUCAUUUGGCCCUGACGGGGGCAUGACUAGUGCUCCAAACUCUGACGAAGUGCUCAGGAUGCUCGAAAAUCCGGUCAUGCAGUCCCAAAUGAAUGAAAUGCUCAGCAAUCCACAAAUGAUCGAUUUUCUCAUUCAGCAAAGUCCGCAAUUACAAAGCAUGGGUCCGCAAGGAAGACAGCUACUUCAAAGCCCCAUGUUUAGACAAAUGAUGACCAACCCAGAAAUGAUUAGGCAAAGCAUGCAGCUGUCAAACGUGUUUGGAGGUGGGGACCCAGCCGCAGACGCCAACCCUUUCCCAGCCCCAGGUUCCACAGACACGAAUACGACUUCAGACCAAACACCAUCUGCUCAGCAACAGGGACAGCAGCCUCAAACUCAGGCAGGUCAGUCCAACCCGUUGGCCAAUCCAUUCGCAUCGCUCUUAGGCGGCAUGCCGCAGCCUCCUGCAGCGGGCUCCACAUCAGGUUCUAAUCCACUCGCUAAUCCAUUCCUGUCUCUACUAGGCGGAGCUGGCAACAAUGCUAGUGGCGAAGGUGCUACACCCAAUUUUGACCCUGCUCUUCUAUCCUCGUUGCUUGGUGGUGGUUUUGGUGCGCCUGCUCAGACUCAACAGGACACGAGACCUCCCGAGGAGCGCUACGAACAGCAGCUCAGACAGCUCAACGACAUGGGAUUUUUCGAGUUCGAUAGAAAUGUCGCCGCCCUCAGAAGAAGUGGUGGCUCAGUUCAAGGAGCUCUCGAUGCAUUGCUUAAUGGAGACGUCUAG